AUGGAACAUCUAAUACCAUGUAAAGAUUCGAAUUAUUGCCUUGAUCAAUAUUCACCCCAAAAAUCCUUAAAUCAUAAUCAAACUUAUUCAUAUCCGUAUCGUUUCUUUGAAUUAUGUCGAAAUAUUCAUGAUGUGCCUCAUAGUAUACAAUUUACGCAUAAUAAACACGAUAAAUCUCAAAAUCAAUCUCAACAGGAUCAUUUUCAUUCGCCACGAUCUGAUCAUGCUGCUCAACAAACAAGAUUUCACGAACAGUCACGUGCAAAGAAGUCCUCAUACGCAUUGAAUGAACAAUCUUCUCAUGUAGGAUCAUUUAAAAAUGAAGAAUCUAAUCGUAAAGGUUUACUGACCACCUUCUAUACAGAGGUAGCAGGUAGAAGUAGUAUUACCGAUGCAAGUGACUAUAAUCAAUAUCAUAAUCCAACAGGAAGAAUUUAUGAGUUAGGUCGAGAUGAUGCAUUUAGUGAAUAUAGUAUUUCAAUUGCACAAUUUUACAUAGAUUCGGAAUUCAAUGAUACAGCUAUGAAAGUACCAAUUGAUGCAUUAAAAGUUAAAGGAUUUCAGGUGAAACAUGUGAAAACAGAAAAUGAAUGUAUAGCGGAAAUGUCUUCGAAUAGUCAUCAAAUCGUAUGGAUUAUUAGUACAAAUCAAAUUCAAAAUCCAUUAUUCAUCUCAGCUCUAAUAACAUAUCAUUCGUCUGGAGGAGUUAUUUUCUUAUUUGCUGAUAAUACAUCAUACGUGUGUCAUGUAUCUCAAUUUCUCAGCACAAAAUUUGACAUAACUGUCGAAGGUGAUUACUACGGUGAUAAAACAUUGGCAUACAAAGAGAAUGACCAUCAACAAACAGGACAUUUUGGUCAACAUGAUAUUUUUACGGGGAUAGAAAAUUUAUAUGAGGGUAUCACCAUCUGUCAUCCCAUCUAUUUAACACCAGCAAGUCGCACAAAAUUUACCAUAAUAGCAACUGCAACUGAUGGGAAUAGCAGUAUUGUCGUAUAUGAUCCGCCAGCGACAUCGACAGAAGGACGAUUAUGUUUAGAUUGUGGCUUUGCUAAGCGGUACAGAAAAUGGGAUUCAGCAGGCACAGCUCGUUAUAUUGUUAAUGCUAGUUGUUGGCUGCUUGGUAUUGAAAAACGUUUGAAACAGAAGAAAUAA